GUAAACAUCUGUUUGGUUCUGUGUCCUUUCGCAGAAUUUGUCUCCGUUUUUCUUUCCUGUUAAGGUUAUCUGAAAUAUUUAUUUUUUAUUGAACGUUAUAAACAAGACGACAAACGUUUUAUGUCACCGUAGAACCUUUCCUUUGCCUUUUUAUUCUUCCAAGGAAAGACUAAAGAAUAUGAGCAGAGAGUCCAGAAUGAGGGCAACAAUAAACCAGAAGCUGACCGAGAUGGGAGAACGAGAGAGACUGAAGGAGUUACUGAGAGCUAAGCUGACUGAGUGUGGGUGGAAGGACCAGAUGAAAGCACACUGCAAAGAAGUCAUCAAAGAAAAGGGUCUGGAACACGUGACCGUGGAAGACCUUGUGGUUGAGAUUACUCCUAAAGGAAGAGCUUUGGUGCCAGACAGCGUCAAGAAAGAGCUUCUCCAGAGAAUUAAAGCCUUCUUAGCUCAGCAUGCCACAUAAUUUUUUGAGACCAAUUCAUGAUACAGAAUGGAAAACUGACUCUGUGUAGUUUUUCUGUGGACAGUGCCAUUCUUCUUUAUCUGCAGUGUUUGAGUUUAAAAAAAAAAAAAGAAAGACAGUCUUCAGAGAGGUCACGCAUUUCCACAGUCUUUGUGUGCAGCACCAGGUGGUUCCACAACCAGCUGAAUGUAAAAAGCCAACAGUUGUUGAAUAUUCUUCUGUUUAUUUCACUUUUUUAAAAUUUUAAUUUCAGGUUUUUUGAGUUUUAAGAAUAUUAUUAAAUUGUGAGAUGCUAGUGUUCGGUCAUCCAGCCAACAUACAAAGCUUUUAACAGGUUUAGUGGAACUUCAUGAACUGUUUGUCAUAAGCACAUUCAUAACUUAUCAAUAAAUAAAAUUUACUCUG